GCGGGAUUUUGAGUUUUAGAAAACAAAAGAAGCGAUGAGGGACAAGAGUUGGAACAAUUUGGAUCCACUACGAGAAUACCGAGACAAGUGUCACAGUCUCGUCAGCAACCUUGACGUCUGGCAGUGUAACAAAGUGACAAUCAGCCUUCCACCUCCGCAACCUUUCCAUCAACCUCAGCUCCUCUUUAUCUCAGAGACAGGAGGCGCAGGAAGACCGGGUGCCUCCUGUAGGUGGAGUCUUAAAAAACGCAUGAGCGGUUUCAGCCCAACGGGUCACGACGUCUGCAGCAGGAUGACUGAAAGAAGUGGAAGUCAACACUGCUGUGAAUCGGCGCAUGCAGGGGCGGCGGGCUGCGCGCGGCUGCGUCGCGGGAACGCGGAAGACGGAGGACACCUGCUCACCGCGGCGACACGGAAACAUGUCCAGCCUUUGGAGGUGAAGGAAGGGUAAAAACAGAUCUGGGUUCUCCGAGCCCCCUAAAAUAAACCUUCUUCAUUUAAAACCCUCGCGUCCAGAAGGUGCGUUAACUGAGUGUGUUACAGUGAGCACAGAUGUUUUACAGCGUGAAAUCUGCUGUUUAUUUAUCAACAGUGCAGACUGAGCGGUAAACGGGUCCAAAGAUGGCGUCAUUUACUGUUUUGUUGCGUUUUGUGUAUUAAUAUUGAGGCUCAAACAUACGAGAGUCGACCCGUCACGAUGACCAAUUCAACGAUAAAACUGUUGUUUUGACACCAUUUUCACCGUACGUUACUCGGCCCCUGGCAGUUGGUGGUUACCAUUGCAACCAGUAACUGAAAGUUACAGAAGCUCCUCCCCCUUUUUCUGUUCCCGUCCGUUCACUGCGGGAUCAGCUCUGAGUUUUCUUUACAGGUAUUGUAUAUUAGACAGCUUUGAUUAUAUACGGGGUUUUAUCUGUAACUUUGCCAUGUUUUUAUAUUUAUAUUUUUAAUUGUAAUCAUUAGUCCUGUCAGGAUAACACAUUCUGUUGGAUGAUAAAUUGCCCCAGAAGUUGUCGUGAUAAGGAAUAACGUUGCUGUUUUGAGGAUAUUUUCAAGUAUCGGCACAAUAAUGCAAGAAAACAUUCUCAAUCAAUAAACUUCAAAUUCUGAUGAGCAUUUAACACUGCAACUGGACUUUAAAUAUCAAAAAUAAAACAAAAAAUAACAUUAAUGAAGCCCCUGUAAACAAAACUGUGCUUGUAGUUGAGAGCAAAGCACCAGACUGAAGACUUUUGUUACUUUUUUUGUAGAAAGAGAGAAAAGAUAAAAAGCAUGCAAAUGGAAAUCUUUGAAAUCAUAUUAAUUGAUUUAUUGAAACACUUACACGCAAACAUCAAAUUAUCCAAAAAGACUGAUUUCAUCUGUUUCUCAAAACUAUUUAAGUGAAAUGAAGUGUUGUAUCCAGCUUAUUAACUGUCCCUGCUGCACAAACAUCUGAUUAGAAGAAAAAGGAAUUAGAUGAACUUAUUAAAUUUCCAAGCAAUCAACGUUCAAGCUGCAGUUUGUGCCGAAUAAAUCCGAACCCGUAGUUUCUUAUCAGAGGCGAUGCUCUGAAAGCAGCUAAGUGAUAUUCCCGUUUUAUUGCUUCCACUGCUCUCAGAUACACAUUAUGUCAUUAGAGGAUUAUCCGGGGACAGAUCUGAUGAGUAUGGACUCGUCUCAAAGCCUGGCUGUUUGCUCUGAUUUUCAUUGUUUUGGUUCAUGUUUGAAGCUCAAACUCGUGUCCUGUUGCUCUAACAAAUGUGUUUUUAAUAAAUAAAUUGAGAUCUGUGGACAUUCACACUGACAAGACGUCAGCAUUUUGUAAUUUUUCAGCUGAAAAAAUGCAGCUUUUCACAUUAGAUUUCAUCCAGUCUUUUAAAGGAGAUGUUGCAAGCAAAGUGUUUCACAAUUUGAGAAUGAAAAGAGACCAAAGAAAAGAAAUGUUUUAACUUGAAAGUGUGAGCGUGUUUGUGCAGGCUGGUGGUAACCGAGGCAUCUCGACAGGGGGGCGGUGCGUCCUCAGUUACAAGCAACAAAAGAAGUUGAAACAGUUUGGCUGAAAGAAGAUGGGCGAAGUAGAAAAUGACAGGAAAAACUUUGGAUGUCUUCAGAUUUUCUUGGAGAGGAGAAAAGUUAAAGCAGACUCUCAGGGGUGUCCAAACUUUUUGCCAUUACACUGCAAAAACACACAAAGAAGUAUUUUUGGUGCAAA